AUGGAUCCAGUGAAAGAAGAGUCCACGGAUGCCGCGACCAAGAGGUCCAAGCUGAGUACUGCUGGUCUGAUGUUGAUCACAUCUAGGUUCCGCCAUCUUAAGAAACAAGAUGGUAACGCUUACUGGAAGUCUGACAUUCAGUUCGAGUUUCUCACUGGUUUGAUGUUCAACGGAGUCAGGGCAUUUAGACUGCCGUUUACGGUUACGCGUGAUGAUGUUCCUUUGUUUUCGCUGCGAACUCGUGAAGGCGAGGGCCAGACAAUAGAUGAGAUCCUGGCAGCCGGAUCGCGCUGGACGUUUUUCGAGCUGUAUGUCAUGACUCUGAUCCAAUCAGAUCGCAUAUCCAAGAUCCUGAAAGAUCGCUUGAUUCUGGACAUUAAUUAUGCCUUUAAUUUCGCGGUUUUAGCGUUUUUGGUCAACAUAGGAAGGCUCAACACCACGGUCAACUUUGACUACGAGAUGAGAUCUCAGUUGCGCACUUUCCACUCAAUUCCAUCUUUACAGGUGAAAAACAACCUUCCACAGCUUGCAAAAGUGUAUACAGUUGAUGUGGAUCAAGUCCAGGAUGCACAUGACCCUCCUCAAGAAGAGCCGUUAGAUACGCUAAUCGACAGUUUCCGCACGUCUUCUGGCUACACUAUGGCCACAGUCAAACAGCUUCAGGACACGCCGCGUCUGAAGUCAAUACUGAAAAGUGUGAGCAAUUUGACGAAGGGGGUUUCGAAGUAUUUCGACGAGUUUGUCGCCCAAAUCCGCGGUUCCGACCGUUCUACUCCAGAUCAAUCUAGUCAGGGUCUCAAUGCCGUUUCGUUGAUUUUUUUGUUGUGCAGUUUUGAGGCUUAUACUUUAACAACGUUCUUAGGCUUCUCAGACAUUUGUCGUGAAGAAGAGAUCGAAGCUGAGCAGAAAAAGCGCCAGGAAGAAGGCGGAAGCCCGUUUUCCACUGGCAUUUUGUUCCACGAUAUCUGGUUUCACGAUGAAAUUCAUCCUGCUGGAAAGAGCCAACGGUUUUUGUGGCUGAUGUAUGCCUUUCUCGAGACAAAUCUGUCACCAAAGGAUCUUGCUGCCAAUCCUUUCAACGAGCCUGGUUUCGAGCCCUAUGAAGAGGGAACCCAGAUCAAGGACUGGUAUGCCACAAUCAUUCCAAAGUAUCAUUUUGUUGGCUUGGGGGAAGAAUUCGACGUCGAUACCGAGGAAGAACGCAAAUUUGGCGAAAGAAUGAAGGAAAAGAGACUGAAUUACAUUCGCAAUGGUGCCAAGGACGAGAAAGCGCUUUUCAAGAAGCCCAAUGUUCGCUCAUCACAAGAGCACCAUGAACUACCAGAUUCGGAUACUGCUGAAACGAUAGCAGACACUUCGGACGCGGAAAUGCCUGAUGCCGAGGCAGGUCAAGACGGUGAAGCUGAUGAGGACGAAGAUGAAGACGAUACGAUUGUCCAUCCUGCCGUAAUCCGCAUCCGCGGACUAACACGUGCCUCUGGAGCAUCUCCCACAAUUGAGUCGUCUUUCCAGCCAAUGAGAGGCAAUCUGGGCAAGUUUCGCACUCUGGUGAGACGGCCCAAUGAGACAUACAACCGCCAACUUCACGAUUUUGUGAAGGAGUAUUUCUCCGUUCAAGACCGCAGAAUGAAGACGAGAAGAGCUGCACGUGGAAAUAUUCGCUAUUUCUGGAACACUCCCACGGCUGCAGACUCGAAUCUCAAAAUCGCAGAGUAUCUGCUGCUGCUCGGCGAUUCCGAAAGAGCAGAUUAUCGCGAUUUCUACUCCAAGUUGCCGUUUGAAGAGGAAGCAGAGCGCCAGAGGUCAGCAUUAUCCCCAACAGCGACUUAUCUAGAUUAUGGUGAGUUCAAACGGGCCUAUCAUCGCUCUUUGGUCACAGCCAACAGACGUCUAAGCGAGAAGGUGCAUGCCUUUGGCAAGCCAUCACGUGUUGUGGAUUCACUCUUCGAGAAGUUGUAA